CGUACGUUUCGCUCAUAUUUUGUCCAUAUGGUUCGACAGUAUAUUAAGUACUUUAUAGCCUAGCCAUACACAAGUAUACCGUUUGGUAUCAGUCGUGGGAGGCCCAAUAUCUCGGGACGAAUUUGGUUGGGGAAUUUCCUGUCGUCUGAGGUCGGGGUGCUUUGUGAACGACAGAAAUUAUAUCUUGCGGUAGCGCAGCCUGGGUCAAGCUGGGGCCGAGCAACAAAACCAUGACAUCCUAAAUCGAACCUGUCAAAUUCAGGGUAUACAGACAUGCUGAAGUAGUGAAGAGUCUGAGACAGGGAUAGCUGGACUAGUAGUUGGGAGGAUCAAUUCCACAAUACAGCAGGACUAUUCCCCUUGCUGAUAUCCUCCAUGGGCAAGUGCUUGUCGCACUGUGUGGACUCCAACUCCACCGAGUCCCAGAGGAGCCAACAGUCCCACAAUGGGAAACACCGCACCCCCACCCCACCUAGCUACUACAGCUCUGUGCAGAAGGGCCAGUCGGUCAGGUCCGCCCCAUCGGACGGCUCUCACGAGGAAUACUACACAAAUGGUUCCUCCCACAAGGAGAUGAGGACUUCUGAAAAAAAGGCCCCCAUGCAUCCAGCCAAGCUGCCAACCAUCUCAUCCAUUCAGAGGACCAGCAAUAACAACCUGAAAACCAUCUCCAUCUCCCCUCCGGAGUACUCGGAGACCAGGAUUCGUAAACUGUUCGACAAGUACAAGGACGAGCACGAGGACUGCAUCCUGGCGGAGGGGGUGGAGCGGUUCUGUCAGGACCUCGGCGUGGAUCCCGCUGAGUUUAUCGUGCUGGCGCUAGCGUGGAAGUUUAACGCGGGAACCAUGUGCAAGUUCACCAGGGAGGAGUUCGAGGGGGGCUGCAGGGCGCUGAAGGUGGACAGCAUCAAGGGCAUCCAGGCGUCCUUCCCGAGCCUCCUUCAGGAAGUCAAAGAUGAAACCACCUUCAAGGACUUGUACAGAUGGACAUUCCAGUUCGGCCUAGACUCAGACCAGGGCCAGAGGUCCCUGCCCAUAGACAUGGCGCUGCCGCUGUGGCACCUGGUGUUCUCCCACAGACAGCCUCCGCUGCUGCAUCGCUGGUUCGAAUUCCUGAAGGACAGUCAGGUGCGGGGGAUCUCGCGCGACACGUGGAACAUGUACUUGAACUUUGUGGAGGUCGUUGGCGAGGACUUGAGUACUUACGACGACACGGAAGCGUGGCCGAGUCUGUUCGAUGACUUUGUUGAUCACGAGCACCAGAGGGAAAAACAAGCCAAGGAGAGGGGAAUGCAGGAGGAUGAGGUGUAGAGAAUGUUAAUAUCUAAUGGCGAUCAACAUGUUGUCUUUUGUUAAUGUACUUAAUCUGCACUUGUAAGAGCUGGUGUAAAUAUAGCUGCAAUGGGGUGCUUUGGACAAGAAGUGUGUGGCAAUCUUUUAGAGAUAAUGCAGAUUUAGUAGCGCUCAAGAAAAAUCUGUGCAUGUGAUGCUUCUUAAGGUUUAGUAGACAAAUAGAUGUGGAGUGGUUCAACAACACACUAUAGCCUAUACUUUGUCAUGCCUUACCAAACCACUGUCUUUUAAGAUAAGGUUGUUGUAUGCAAGGUUUGGGCUGGGUUGCCAUAGCCAAUAAUGUGUCAUAUUCUUGUAGUCCCAGCUGAAGACAACAAUGGAGUCUUGAACAUUUUCUAUACAUGUAGUCUUGAUGUACGACAUGUAACUUUGAUUGUUUACCCUGAAAUUGAAGGACAGACAAAUACUUGCAAUUCUGGCUAUCAGCAGUGCUGCUCAUUCCCCUACAAGAAUUUAUAAUUACAGUAUUAAUCUAUUUCUGUGCUUCAUAUUUGCCAUGGUUCAACAUAUGACAGCUUCAUAUAAAAACAUAUACCUUACAUUCUAUAGCCCAAACUGUUAGAUGCACACAGAUUCCACAUUGUAUCUACAUGUAUAUCAACAGUUUACACUGACAAAGUCCAAAUUGCUUGUUGCAAACAAAAAUGUUUUUUAGUGUUAAGAAAACCUCUGUUAGAUCAAGGUUGGAUAAGGCAUUGCUAAUGUUGCAAUAUAUUUUUGUGUUUUAAAGUUGAAGUUGUAAUGUGCUAUCACCUUGGCAGGAUACUGCCUGAAGCAGCAAAGAAACUUUUGAUGUAUGUAUGUGACAAUGCCUUGUUGAAUAGCAGCACUAAAUGUAUGUGACUAUGUGUGUUUAAAACAGUAGCUUUGGAUUGGACUUGUACGUAAGUCUCAAUGAAAAUGCCGAUAACUUCAGGUCCUUUGGUGACAUUCCUGUAAAAAGUGAGAAUUAAGUUCCUUCGCUCCUGCAUGUAAAUAUAAUGUGACCACUAUCUGUGGCUAUAGGAGGUUGGCUGUAGGACUGUCCGUUUGCAGAUGUUGCCUGUAUCAAGAAUUCAUUCAGCUCCGACCUUUUCUGUCACUGUCCUUUCUCCUAAUAUUCUCCCAAUUUUUUAUGAAACCUGUUCUGUAUGGUAUAUAUUUUUGUCAUAUGAUAUUGUUUUUUACUGUGUAGUUGUAGUUGUGUUUUACUAAAGUAUGAUCUAAAAGAUCUUCAACAAACCUGACAAUGAAGUCAUCUUGUCUAAGGAUGCUAUGGCUGAUGUCUGACCAGUUUCAGUGCACUCAGUCUGCUUUUUGCUCUACUGAUAGGAUAGAGAAAAGUUUGCUUUAUUUGGCUACCCAAUUUAUGAUCAUAAAAUAUGGAAUGCUAAUUUUUGUUUUCUUUUCCUUUUUAUUUUUCUGCAUUGUUUUUACUGAAGUUUUUUAUGAUUCUUUGCUACAAAAAGUAUUUUGCUCAUAACUCAUGUGAAUGUUUAGAAUGGUACAUUUGUAGAUAGCUAAUGUUGUGUGUGUCAUUUUUGUUGUUUCGAAGAAGCCAAAUGUGGGUUAUUAAUUGGUUGAUUCCGUGAUAUUAAGAUGCUAUAGAAAGUCACGACUCACAAGUAUGUAUCAGUAUCUUGUACAAGUGAUUUUUUCUGUUAAAUUACCGCAAUGUUACUUUCUAGCCAACAUACGUGAAGUUCAGUCGCGUUUUAUUUUCAUUCCAUUUUAGUUUUAUCUAGUUGUUCCUAAAGAAUAUGAAUGUACAUUGUAUUUGAAAAUUUCUUUGUUUUUGUAAGUGGCAAUAUGCAAUCACAAACUGCACCCAGUG